UCUUCUCCUUCACGUAUGUAUACAUUCAAACACAUCCUCUUCGAAAGUUAAUCAGUUGGCUCUCAAAAUUCUAGAAUGGCAACACCUAAUCAAGAAUCAAUCGAGACGUUCAUGAGUAUCACUGGUUCAUCGGAACUGGUUGCUAUUCAGAAACUCACGGAACACGGUGGCAAUCUCAAUGAUGCAGUUAAUUCACAUUUUACACAAGGAGAUACAAACAUCAGACAUCAAACAGAUGUUGCUGAUCACCAGGAGGAUCUCAUGGACAUAGAUGAGGAAACCACAAAUCACAUACCACCAUUCUUACCAUUUCCUGCAAGUGCUCCUAGAAUUGAGAAUGUAAUUGAAACUUUGCCUGAAAAUCCUGGGACCCUGAGUAUUGAUGAUGAUGAUGACUUCCCAUCUCUUCGAUCUUCUCAUCCAGUAGGAUUAAGUGGACAGAAUGAAAAUCUAUUCAGUCAUCAUGACACUGAUUUGAUUCCAAGUGCUCCUGGAGUUAGUGAUUUACCUGAUUAUGGAAUAGAAGAGGAGAUGAUCCGAGCUGCAAUUGAGGCUUCCAAACAUGAUGCUGAAAUUGGUCAACCGGAUGAUGCUCUACUUCUACAACAAGAAUCUGAAGCUGGACCAUCAGAAACAAGAGCUUCUAAGUUGUCUGUAGUUGAAGAAGCAGGAGCAUCAGCAUCAUCAAAUGGAAGAUUGGGUGUUGAGGAUGGAAGUGAAGAUACAGAUGAGCAAGAGCAACCUCUAGUGAGGGUGAGGCAUACCGAAGAACAGCAAAAUAUCAAUAAUCAUGUGGACAACUGGGGAGGCAUGUCAUCUGAAGAACACGAUGAAGCAGUUAUGCUUGAGGCUGCAAUGUUUGGUGGAAUUCCUGAAGGAAUCGGACACCGUGUACGAUAUGCGCGACAUCGUAACAUGCAAAAUGGUUUCAAUAGAGGCGUUGGAGUUGGGGCUUACCCUAGGCCGCCACCACGCCCUACAUCUCCCUCCCUCACUGCUCAACGGUUGAUAAGAGAACAACAGGAUGAUGAAUAUCUUGCAGCAUUGCAAGCUGACAGAGAAAAGGAGUUGCUAGCCAUGGAAGAAGAAAGGCGAAAGGAGGAGGAGGCACAGAAGAAACUGGAUCAAGAACAGGAAAUUGAGAGGCAGUUAACAGCAAAGGAAGCUUCACUUCCUGAAGAACCGAAACCUGAUGAUGAAAAUGCGGUCAGCCUUCUUGUACGGAUGCCAGAUGGAAGCCGACGUGGUCGCAGGUUCUUGAGGUCUCACAAGUUACAGUAUCUCUUUGACUUCAUUGAUGUUGGCAGAGUGGUGAAGCCUACCACGUACAGAUUGGUGAGACCAUACCCACGUCGUGCUUUUGGUGAUGAAGAAAGUAAGUUAAGCUUGAAUGAAGUUGGGUUGAGUAGCAAGCAGGAGGCGUUGUUUCUUGAGUUAAUUUAACAAUUAACCAACCGAUAUAUGUUAUGUAAUAUUAUCUCCUGUGAUGUAAAUUAUGAAAUAGUUAUUAAAUUAUAUGGGCCUCCUCUAUUGGGUCCAAGUGCAACUGAAUUGAUGUUUAUAUAAAGUGACUUGUAUUUAUGAAGUUGAUAUGGACAUUGGGCAGGU